CACAGUCAUGUUGGAACAGGAAGGACCAUCCCCAAACUGUUCCCACAGAGUUGGGAGCAUGGAACUGUCCAACAUCUCUUGGUGUGCUGAAGCAUUCAGAGUUCGUUUCACUGGAACUAAGAGACCAAGCGCAGCUCCUGAAGAACAACCCCACACCAUUAUCCCCCUCCACCAAACUUUACACUUGGCACAAUGCAGUCAGACAAGUCAACAAGACAACCCAGACUCAUCCAUCAGAUUAUCAGAUGGACAAGUGUGAUUCAUCACCCCAGAGAACGUCUCCACUGCUCUAGAGUGGCGGCGUAACAAUCGACUCUGCAGAAAGUUGGCGACCUCUGAGCACUAUGCUCCUCAGCAUUCGCACUUCGUGGUUCGCGUUCACUUUGUUAUAAUACCACUAACAGCUGACUGUGGAAUAUUUAGGAGCGAGGGAAUAUCACAGCUGGACUUGUUGCACAGGUGGCAUCUUAUCACAGCACCACACUGAAACUCACUGAGCUCCUGAGGGUGACCCACUCUUUCACAGAUGUUUGUAGAAACAGUCUGCAUGCCUCGUGCAUUUAUACACCUGUGGCCACGGAAGUGACUGGAACAUCUGAUAUCAAUUAUUUGGAUGGAUGAGUGAAUACUUUUGGCAGUAUAGUGUAUUUAACUACAUAGAUGCCCUGAGAUAUCACAGCUUUAUGAUGGCCCGAAGUAGAAGAGAACAGGAAGUAGAUAAAAAAUAGAAGCCGAGGCAUCCUGGGGGCUGAACCGACUGCUGUCCUGAUAAAAAUCAGAUGCAGCUGCACACCGGCAGGCAGCUUGAGAUGGCAUUUCAACUGGACAUGGAUCGCACGGUGCUGGUUGUGUUUCUGUCACUCUGGAGCUCAGUGGUGCCUGAUGAUGUCAGGCUGGUGGGAGGAGCUGGCCGCUGUGCUGGGAACCUGGAGGUGAACCAGCAGGGAGUCUGGAAACCAGUGAAUGACACGUACUAUGAGUGGAACCUGACGUCAGCAGCCGUGGUGUGCAGGCAGCUCGACUGUGGUUCUGUGGUGUCGUUACGAAGAACCCAGCAGUCCUCUGAUAUACUGAAAUUAUCAGCAAUCACAGAGGCUUUUAGAUUAACGCAACAGGGAUCUGCCUCGUCCAGUCUGGAGAUCAACUGCUCAGACUCCAUCAGGCUGGUGAAUGGAAACAGUCUGUGUUCAGGCAGACUGGAGGUGAAGUCUAACCAGAGGUGGUCCUCAGUGUGUGAAGAUGACUUUGACCAGCAGGAUGCAGAGGUGGUCUGUAGGGAGCUCGGCUGUGGGGCUCCUUCAGUCCUCCAGGGGGCGCUCUAUGGAGAAGUGGAGGCUCCAAUGUGGACCAAAGAGUUCCAGUGUGGAGGCCAUGAGUCUGCUCUCCUGGACUGUAGAACCUCAGGCUCAGAUAGAAACACCUGCUCACCUGGUGAAGCUGUUGGACUCACCUGCUCAGCACCUGAUGAGGUCAGGCUGGCUGGUGGAGCCUCCCAAUGCAGCGGCACACUGGAGAUUCACAAACUGAGCGAAUGGAAACCAGUGGACGACAGGGGCUGGAACCUGAGGUUAGCAGGCGUAGUGUGUGGACAGCUGGACUGUGGCUCGGCUGUCUCGAUAAGAAGAAGACAGACGCCCCCAGGCAGGUUUAUCUGGGAACUCAAAUCCUACUGUGGAGAAUCUUCACCGGUGAAAUGUUUAAGACUUAUAUCUUCAUCUGCUGUCCUCGAAAUAACCUGCUCAGACUCCAUCAGGCUGGUGAAUGGAAACAGUCUGUGUUCAGGCAGACUGGAGGUGAAGUCUAACCAGAGGUGGUCCUCAGUGUGUGAAGAUGACUUUGACCAGCAGGAUGCAGAGGUGGUCUGUAGGGAGCUCGGCUGUGGGGCUCCUUCAGUCCUCCAGGGGGCGCUCUAUGGAGAAGUGGAGGCUCCAGUGUGGACCAGAGAGUUCCAGUGUGGAGGCCAUGAGUCUGCUCUCCUGGACUGUAGAACCUCAGGCUCAGAUAGAAACACCUGCUCACCUGGCAAAGCUGUUGGACUCACCUGCUCAGACCCUGCUGAUGUCAGGUUGGUGGGAGGAACCAGUCGUUGCACUGGUAGACUAGAGGUGAAACACCGUGAGAUCUGGAAAGCUGUGGACACUGAAGACUCUGACUGGGACCAGAAGGCAACAUCUGUAAUAUGUCGAAGGCUGGACUGUGGCUCCUCUGUUUCCACAGAAAAGAAAAAAGAUUCCUCUGCAGGAUCUGUGUGGUGGAUCAACUCGUCCUGUGUUCAGUCUAAUUCUAUACUGAGGGACUGUGUGACUACCAGAGAGGAGUCCAGCACUAAAAGCCUGGAAGUCACCUGUUCAGACUCCAUCAGGCUGGUGAAUGGAAACAGUCUGUGUUCAGGCAGACUGGAGGUGAAGUCUAACCAGAGGUGGUCCUCAGUGUGUGAAGAUGACUUUGACCAGCAGGAUGCAGAGGUGGUCUGUAGGGAGCUCGGCUGUGGGGCUCCUUCAGUCCUCCAGGGGGCGCUCUAUGGAGAAGUGGAGGCUCCAAUGUGGACCAGAGAGUUCCAGUGUGGAGGCCAUGAGUCUGCUCUCCUGGACUGUAGAACCUCAGGCUCAGAUAGAAACACCUGCUCACCUGGCAAAGCUGUUGGACUCACCUGCUCAGAUCCAGAUAACAUCCGGUUGGUGGGAAAGAACAGUCGCUGUGCUGGUAUACUGGAGAUGAAGAACAACGGACAGUGGAGACCAGUGGCUGACUGGGAUUCUGGAUGGGACCAGCAGUCUGCAGCCACCGUUUGUCGACUGCUGGAUUGUGGUUCUGUUGUUUCAACAGAGAUGACAGAUGAUGCUCCAGAUCGACUGGUGUGGUGGAUCAAAGCAUCCUGUGUCAAGGAAUCUGCUCCAGUGGAGUGUAUAAAACUGACUGAAGAUUUUGAAAGCUAUCUCGGCCUUGAAGUGGUGUGCUCAGAUUUGCUUGUUGAGCCAAAAAUCUCCCCCACUCCCUCCACUGAUGGGGUCUCCAGGGCAAAGCAGCAGGGGCUUCAGGUGCUCCAGGGCUCCAACUUCACCAUCACAUGCUCUAUCGAACCACAGUACCAAGGAGGUUACUUCCAGCUCUGCUUCACCUCCUCCAGCACAAUGCAGAACUACACCCAGCCAGCUGUCAAUCACUCUGCUCACUUCCUGUUUCAUGCUGCAGACCACACCCACCAAGGGGAAUACAGCUGUGUUUAUCACGUCGACGUAUUCUCCUAUAACUUCUCCUCUGAGAGCCAGCCUCUCCAUCUCGCCGUCGCAGCCGCUCUAACAGAGCUGAUCAUCAGACUUGUUGUCCUCCUGCUGGGUUUAAUCUCUCUAAUCACUGCCCUCUGCUGCCACUCCAAGACUAACAACUCUUACCCGUGCUCAGAGAUUGAUUAUAUCCAGUUGGUGGGAGGAUCCAGCCGCUGUUCUGGUGAACUGGAGGUGAAACAACAAGGCGUGUGGAGAAAAGUGGAUGAUGCAAUUGGUCAGUGGAAUCUAAAGACAGCAGAUGCAGUUUGCAGACAACUGGACUGUGGUUCUGCUGUUUCAACAGGGCCGAUACAGAGUUUAACAUCCAUACCUGUCUGGAGGAUUAGUUCAUCUUGUCUUCAGUCUGGGUCUGCAAUUAGUGAUUGUGUAUCUACAACAACUGAUUCUGCCAACUACCACCUGGAGGUCAAGUGUUCAGACUCUGUCAGGCUGGUGAAUGGAAACAGUCUGUGUUCAGGCAGACUGGAGGUGAAGUCUAACCAGAGGUGGUCCUCAGUGUGUGAAGAUGACUUUGACCAGCAGGAUGCAGAGGUGGUCUGUAGGGAGCUCGGCUGUGGGGCUCCUUCAGUCCUCCAGGGGGCGCUCUAUGGAGAAGUGGAGGCUCCAAUGUGGACCAGAGAGUUCCAGUGUGGAGGCCAUGAGUCUGCUCUCCUGGACUGUAGAACCUCAGGCUCAGAUAGAAACACCUGCUCACCUGGUGAAGCUGUUGGACUCACCUGCUCAGAGCCCAAUGACAUCCAGUUGGUCGGAGGAUCCAGCUCCUGUGUGGGCAGGCUUGAGAUGAAACACAAAGGAAAAUGGAAACCAGUGUCUCUCUCGUUCGUUUCUAUGUGGGGCCUGAUGUCUGCAGCGGUUGUAUGUAGACAGCUGGACUGUGGUUCUGCUCUUUCAACAGAAACAGUACAUGUGGUCAACACAGAUACAUGGACAAUCCUAUCAUCCUGUGGUCGGUCUGAGUCUGCCAUCAGGGAAUGUACAUCAAUAUGGCCUUUUUCUUUCCCAGAUACUCUGAAAAUUACCUGCUCAGACUCUGUCAGGCUGGUGAAUGGAAACAGUCUGUGUUCAGGCAGACUGGAGGUGAAGUCUAACCAGAGGUGGUCCUCAGUGUGUGAAGAUGACUUUGACCAGCAGGAUGCAGAGGUGGUCUGUAGGGAGCUCGGCUGUGGGGCUCCUUCAGUCCUCCAGGGGGCGCUCUAUGGAGAAGUGGAGGCUCCAGUGUGGACCAGAGAGUUCCAGUGUGGAGGCCAUGAGUCUGCUCUCCUGGACUGUAGAACCUCAGGCUCAGAUAGAAACACCUGCUCACCUGGUGAAGCUGUUGGACUCACCUGCUCAGAGCCUGAUAUUGUCAGGUUGUCAGGGGGAACCAGUCGCUGCGAUGGCACGUUAGAGAUGAAACAACGGGGAGAGUGGAGACCAGUGGCCAACAUCGUCUCUGGAUGGGACCAGAAGUUAGCAUCUGUUGCAUGUAGACAACUCGACUGUGGUUCUGUUGUUUCAACAAAAAUACGAAACCCUUCAGAUAAACCCGCCUGGUGGAUCAGCGAAACCUGUGUUCUGUCCGAGUCUACACCCCUGCUGCGGGAGUGUUUGUUAUUGCCUCAUCACUUCCAACCAGCCAUCAGCCUGGAGGUGAUCUGCUCAGAUAUUCUGGCUCAGCCAAACAUCUCCUUCUCCCCCCACAACGACGGGUUGUCCGAGGACAAGCAGCUUCAGGUGCUCCUGGGCUCCAGUUUCACCAUCAGCUGCUCCAUCCUGCCCCAGCAUCCAGGAGGCUCUUUCCAGCUUACUUUGACCAACUCAGCAACAUCACAGAACUACACCCUGGCAGCUGUCAAUCACUCUGCCCACUUCCUGUUCUCUGCUGCAGACCACACCCACCAAGGGGACUACAUCUGUGUUUAUCACGUCUACGCUUUCUCCCGUAAAUUCUCCUCUGAGAGCCGCCGUCUCUAUGUAGCUGUCGCAGACUCUUCAACAGAUCUGAUCAUCAGGUUGGCACUCGUAGUGCCGAUGGUGGCGUUCAGUGCUGCCAUGUUUUUCUACUACAAGGUCAGUAAUAGUCAGAUGCUGAGACGAGAGGACAAUAUUGAGCUCGAUUACCUUGGUGGUGCUCAAGAUGGACACAGUGGAGCUGAAGAGGCAGGAGUCGAGGGACCACAAAUAGCGCCUUUCUGUCUAAAUUCUGGAACCGAAAUGAAGAAAUGUUUUAUAAAAGGGUCCAUGACUAUUGGUGUCAGUCUGGGGAUCAUCUGUUCAGACUCCAUCAGGCUGGUGAAUGGAAACAGUCUGUGUUCAGGCAGACUGGAGGUGAAGUCUAACCAGAGGUGGUCCUCAGUGUGUGAAGAUGACUUUGACCAGCAGGAUGCAGAGGUGGUCUGUAGGGAGCUCGGCUGUGGGGCUCCUUCAGUCCUCCAGGGGGCGCUCUAUGGAGAAGUGGAGGCUCCAGUGUGGACCAGAGAGUUCCAGUGUGGAGGCCAUGAGUCUGCUCUCCUGGACUGUAGAACCUCAGGCUCAGAUAGAAACACCUGCUCACCUGGUGAAGCUGUUGCACUCACCUGCACAGAGCCUGAUAUUGUUCGAGUGGUGCGAGGAUCGAGUCGCUGUGCUGGUGAACUGGAGCUGAGACAACAAGGUGUGUGGAGAAAAGUGCAUGAUGCAUCGGCUCAGUGGAAUCUAAAGACAGCAGAUGCAGCGUGCAGACACCUGGACUGUGGCUCUGCUGUUUCAGCAGGGGGGAUACGGAGUUUAACAUCCAUACCUGUCUGGUGGAUAAAUUCAACUUGUCUUCAGUCCGGGUCUGCAAUUACUGAUUGUAUAUUAUACAAAACUGAUUCUGCCAACUACCACCUGGAGGUCAAUUGUUCAGCUCACCUUAGUGUCACAUUGUUGCUGGUAUAUGCAGGAAGGCAUACAUGCAUAGGGAAGGAAGAGGCAGUAUUGAAUUAUUCAGCCAUCAAGAGAGAAAACAGCAGAAAAGUUUCAUACAAUCACCUGCUGAUUGUAGAGAAUGAGAAGGUUCCUGAACCUGAACACAGAAGUAGAAAUCCUUCUGUCUGUUGCUGUCUUUCUUCAGACUCUGUCAGGCUGGUGAAUGGAAACAGUCUGUGUUCAGGCAGACUGGAGGUGAAGUCUAACCAGAGGUGGUCCUCAGUGUGUGAAGAUGACUUUGACCAGCAGGAUGCAGAGGUGGUCUGUAGGGAGCUCGGCUGUGGGGCUCCUUCAGUCCUCCAGGGGGCGCUCUAUGGAGAAGUGGAGGCUCCAAUGUGGACCAGAGAGUUCCAGUGUGGAGGCCAUGAGUCUGCUCUCCUGGACUGUAGAACCUCAGGCUCAGAUAGAAACACCUGCUCACCUGGUGAAGCUGUUGGACUCACCUGCUCAGAGCCCAAUGACAUCCAGUUGGUUGGAGGAUCCAGCUCCUGUGUGGGCAGGCUUGAGAUGAAACACAAAGGAAAAUGGAAACCAGUGUCUAUUCCAUUCCUUUCUAUGUCGGGCCUGAUGUCUAUAGCGGUUGUAUGUAGACAGCUGGACUGUGGUUCUGCUCUUUCAAGAGAAACAGUACAUGUGGUCAACAAAGAUACAUUGAUAAUCCUAUCAUCCUGUGGUCAAUCUGAAUCUGCCAUCAGGGAAUGUGCAUCAAUAUGGCCUUCUUCUUCCCAAAAUAUUCUGAAAAUGACCUGCUCAGACUCUGUCAGGCUGGUGAAUGGAAACAGUCUGUGUUCAGGCAGACUGGAGGUGAAGUCUAACCAGAGGUGGUCCUCAGUGUGUGAAGAUGACUUUGACCAGCAGGAUGCAGAGGUGGUCUGUAGGGAGCUCGGCUGUGGGGCUCCUUCAGUCCUCCAGGGGGCGCUCUAUGGAGAAGUGGAGGCUCCAGUGUGGACCAGAGAGUUCCAGUGUGGAGGCCAUGAGUCUGCUCUCCUGGACUGUAGAACCUCAGGCUCAGAUAGGAACACCUGCUCACCUGGCAAAGCUGUUGGACUCACCUGCUCAGAGGCCUAUUUUGUCCGGUUGGUGGGAGGAUCCAGUCGUUGUGCUGGUGAACUGGAGGUGAAACAACAAGGCGUGUGGAAAAAAGUGAUUGAUGCAAUGCAUCAGUGGAAUCUGAAGACAGCAGAUGCAGUUUGCAGACAACUGGACUGUGGCUCUGCUGUUUCAGCUGGGUGGAUACAGAGUUUAACAUCCAUACCUGUCUGGUGGAUAAAUUCAACUUGUCUUCAGUCCGGGUCUGCAAUUAGUGGUUGUGUAUCUACAACAACUGAUACUAACAACUUUCACCUGGAGGUCAAUUGUUCAGACUCUGUCAGGCUGGUGAAUGGAAACAGUCUGUGUUCAGGCAGACUGGAGGUGAAGUCUAACCAGAGGUGGUCCUCAGUGUGUGAAGAUGACUUUGACCAGCAGGAUGCAGAGGUGGUCUGUAGGGAGCUCGGCUGUGGGGCUCCUUCAGUCCUCCAGGGGGCGCUCUAUGGAGAAGUGGAGGCUCCAAUGUGGACCAGAGAGUUCCAGUGUGGAGGCCAUGAGUCUGCUCUCCUGGACUGUAGAACCUCAGGCUCAGAUAGAAACACCUGCUCACCUGGCAAAGCUGUUGGACUCACCUGCUCAGAGCCCAAUGACAUCCAGUUGGUUGGAGGAUCCAGCUCCUGUGUGGGCAGAAUUGAGAUGAAACACAAAGGAAAAUGGAAACCAGUGUCUCUCUCGUUUUUUUCUAUGUGGGACAUGAUGUCUGCUGCGGUUGUAUGUAGACAGCUGGACUGUGGUUCUGCUCUUUCAAUUGAAACAAUACAUGUGAACAACACAGAUGGAUGGGAAAUUGCAACUUCCUGUGGUCAGUCUGAAUCUGCCAUCAGGGAAUGUGUCUCAAUAUCGACUUUUUCUACCCAUGAUAUUCUGAAAAUUACCUGCACAGACUCUGUCAGGCUGGUGAAUGGAAACAGUCUGUGUUCAGGCAGACUGGAGGUGAAGUCUAACCAGAGGUGGUCCUCAGUGUGUGAAGAUGACUUUGACCAGCAGGAUGCAGAGGUGGUCUGUAGGGAGCUCGGCUGUGGGGCUCCUUCAGUCCUCCAGGGGGCGCUCUAUGGAGAAGUGGAGGCUCCAAUGUGGACCAGAGAGUUCCAGUGUGGAGGCCAUGAGUCUGCUCUCCUGGACUGUAGAACCUCAGGCUCAGAUAGAAACACCUGCUCACCUGGCAAAGCUGUUGGACUCACCUGCUCAGAGCCUGAUAUUGUCAGGUUGUCAGGGGGAACCAGUCGCUGCGAUGGCACGUUAGAGAUGAAACACCAGGGAGAGUGGAGACCAGUGGCCAACAUGUUCUCUGAAUGGGACCAGAAGUUAGCAUCUGUUGCAUGUAGACAACUCAACUGUGGUUCUGUUGUUUCAAAAAAAUCCAGAGAAACUUCAUAUGAACCUGCCUGGCAGAUCAGCGAGACCUGUGUUCAGUCUGAUUCUAUACCCCUGCUGCGGGAGUGUUUAAAGAUAGCUGGUAAAUUCCACCCUCCCAUCAACCUGGAGGUGAUCUGCUCAGAUAUUCUGGCUCAGCCAAACAUCUCCUUCUCCCCCCACAAUGACGGGUUGUCCGAGGACAAGCAGCUUCAGGUGCUCCUGGGCUCCAGUUUCACCAUCAGCUGCUCCAUCCUGCCCCAGCAUCCAGGAGGCUCUUUCCAGCUUACUUUGACCAACUCAGCAACAUCACAGAACUACACCCUGGCAGCUGUCAAUCACUCUGCACACUUCCUGUUCUCUGCUGCAGACCACACCCACCAAGGGAACUACAUCUGUGUUUAUCACGUCUACGUUUUCUCCUGCAAAUUCUCCUCUGAGAGCCGCCGUCUCUAUGUCACUGUUGCAGCCUCUUUAACAGAUCUGAUCAUCAGGCUGGCACUCGUAGUGCCGAUGGUGGCGUUCAGUGCUGCCAUGUUUUUUUACUACAAGGUCAGUAAUAGUCAGAUGCCGAGACGAGAGGACAAUAUUGAGCUCGAUUACCUUGGUGGUGCUCAAGAUGGAAACAGUGGAGCUGAAGAGGCAGGAGUCGAGGGACCACAGUAGUGCACAUCCAGGGUUUCCAGGAGAUGAAUCAGUACUGGAGUCAGAAGAGGUAUAUGUGAAUUUAACAAAACAAAAAAAAGCUAGUUUGAUAGAUGUUUAAUCAUUUUUAAAUGACAAUGUGCUUUUCCUGCUGUAUUCUUAUAUUUCAAAUUCUUGCACUGACUGAUUAAAGAGACAAUGCAGUGAGAGAAAUGUGACAUCUUGUUGUGUGAUAUUGUCUCCACCAAAGUUACAUUUACAUUAUUAAAGUGUGUUUAUAUGUCUUGGAGUGCAGGAAGUAGUGGGAAGCCUUUGUUGGCGCCAGAAGAGGCUGCAUGUAAUCAGACAUAUGCCGGCAAUUUAUGAGCUCACAUGCAGCUUCCUCUGGGAGCCACGAAAGGGUUCAUAACCAUAUUUUUCCACAUAUGCAGUUGUACUACUGUUCUACUGUCUGUGUUCACGAAAUGAACUUUGUUUUGCAAUAAAUUAAACCUGCA